GCAGCCGGGUCCCGAGGCAGGGCCGGGCCCUGGCGCUGGGCCCAGCCCGGGCGGGAAGGGCCCUGAGGGCCAGGUGGUGGGUGACUUCUCCUUUGCCCCCACAGCGAGGGCCAUGGCCGCGCCCUGGGAGGACGUCCUGCGGAAGGAGGCGGCCGUGCGGGAGGCGGCGCGGGUGGCCGUGGAUGCGGCGCUGCUGGCGGGGGUGCUGAUGCGGACCGAGGACCAGCCCAACGCCUCGGAUGUGGUGAAUUAUGCUCCCUUCACGCUGCUCCCCUCUGCAGUACCAAGUGCCCUGUUUGAACAAGCGUAUGCUGUUCAGCAAGAUUUUAACCUGCUGGUGGAUGCUAUUAGCCAAAACAAAGAAUUCCUGGAGCAUACUCUGGCCAGCACCAUCAAGGUAGAUGACUUCACAGCUCGGCUCUUCAGAAUCCACGUGCAAGUUUUGGAGGAAGGCUUGGCUCAGUCUGUGUUUUUAGGCAUAAACCGCUCUGAUUACAUGUUUGACUGCGGGGUGGACGGGACACCAGCUUUGAAGCAGAUAGAAAUAAACACCAUUGCUGCCAGCUUCGGAGGCCUCACCUCCCGCACUGCCGCCGUCCACGGGCAGGUGUUGAAAGUGCUGGGGAAGUCUGAGGAGGCGACGCGCCUGUUGCCCAACAACCCAGCGAAAGGGCUUGCCUUGGGUAUUGCAAAAGCCUGGGAGCUCUACGGUUCACCAGGUGCUGUGGUGAUGUUUCUGGUGGAGGAAGUCCAAAGGAACAUUUUUGAUCAGCGAUGUGUAGAAAAUGAGCUUUGGAACAGGAACAUUCGGGUCAUCAGGAGGCGAUUCAGAGAUGUGUUUGAAAAGGGCUCUCUGGAUGAUGCCAGAAGGCUGUAUGUGGACGGGCAGGAGGUAGCAGUGGUGUACUACAGAGAGGGCUACGUGCCAAAGAACUAUGACCAGCAGAACUGGGAGGCGCGGUUGUUGCUGGAGAGGUCGAGGGCAGUGAAGUGCCCUGACAUUGCCACCCAACUGGCAGGCACCAAGAAGGUCCAACAGGAGCUGAGCCGGCCGGGGACGCUGGAGAGGCUGCUGCCCGGCCGCCCCGAGGCCGUGGCUCGGAUCCGAGCAACGUUUGCUGGGCUCUAUUCCCUGGACAUGGGUGAAGAGGGAGACAAGAUUGCUGCCAUGGCUAUCGCUGACCCUGACCGGUUUGUGCUGAAGCCCCAGCGUGAAGGUGGAGGGAACAACCUCUAUGGUGAAGAGCUCAAGCAGGUUCUGGAGAAGAUCAGAGACAGCCCUGAGAGAACCUCCUACAUCUUGAUGGAUAAGAUCAAACCACAGCCAGCAAUGAAUUACUUGCUGAGGGCCCACAGUCCCCUCCAAGUGUCCGAGUGCAUCUCGGAGCUCGGGAUUUUUGGUGUCUACGUCAGACGGGGCAAGGAGCUGGUGCUGAACGAGGCUGCGGGCCACCUCCUGCGGACAAAGGCCACGGAGCACGCGGACGGCGGGGUGGCGGCCGGGGUGGCGGUGCUGGACACCCCUUUCUUGGUGUGAGGAGACGAUGCCUCGUCCCACCCGAAGAGCUGAUCUGCUGCGGGGAUGUUCUCCUUGGGGUGCGCUUACCACGGGCUGCGGCGCUGGGGAGCGGGAGGAAGGGCUGCGUGGACACAACUGCCCCCACAGCCCCUUGCCCUGGUCCCGGUUUCAUGCUCCUCGAUGCUGCUGUUAUUUCCAGAGCUGCAGAAACACAAAGCCCCGGGGGACUGGGAGGAGAAAGGGGGAUGUGGGAUUUGUGGCCCGGUGCUUUCCAGAGUGACAGAGGGGAGCCCAGCUCUGCUUGCCCGUGGCCCCUCCAGCCCUCCUUCAGGUGCUGCUGCCCUCAUUUCUACUUUUCCCCGUGCCUGAGGAUCCUCAGGGUUCCUGCACAAGGGGCAGCAGCCCUGGUAUAAUUCACCCAAGGGCUUCUUGCUUCUGCUUUGCCCAAAUCCUGGGGUUUUUUUGAUUGGGAACUCAUCUCAAACAGUGCCUCUGCACUAUGCAAGGCAGGCACCAGCACAGAAUGCAUCUGGCAGGCCCUGCCCUCCCUGUGGGACACUGCCUCUGCUCCUGUCACCUUGUCCAGCAGCUCCCCACGGGCUGCCAUGAGAAGCCAUCAAUGAUGGUGGCAGAUCCCAGUGCGAUGCUGAACUGGAGCUUUGUGUCACAGCCAACGUGGCCACAAACCCUG